AUGGACUACAACAAGAGAUCUUCGGUCUCCACCGUACCUAAUGCAGCUCCCAUAAGAGUCGGAUUCGUCGGUCUCAACGCAGCCAAAGGAUGGGCAAUCAAGACACAUUACCCCGCCAUAUUGCAAUUGUCGUCACAAUUUCAAAUAACUGCCUUAUACAGUCCAAAGAUAGAGACUUCCAUUGCCACCAUCCAGCGUUUGAAAUUAAGUAAUGCCACUGCUUUUCCCACUUUAGAGUCAUUUGCAUCGUCUGCCACUGUAGAUAUGAUAGUAAUUACCAUCCAGGUGGCUAGUCAUUAUGAGGUUAUUAUGCCCCUCUUGGAAUUCUCCAAAAACAAUCCGAAUCUCAAGUAUCUUUUCGUAGAAUGGGCCCUUGCAUGUUCACUGGAUCAAGCUGAAUCCAUUUAUAAGGCUGCUGCCGAACGUGGAGUGCAGACUGUCAUCUCAUUACAAGGUCGUAAAUCACCAUAUAUCUUGAGAGCAAAAGAACUAAUAUCUCAAGGUUAUAUCGGUAACAUUAAUUCGAUCGAGAUUGCUGGGAACGGCGGCUGGUACGGCUACGAAAGGCCUGCUAAAUCACCGAAGUAUAUCUAUGAAAUCGGAAAUGGUGUAGAUUUAGUGACUACAACAUUUGGUCACACAAUUGAUAUUUUACAAUACAUGACAAGUUCGUACUUUUCCAGAAUAAAUGCAAUGGUUUUUAAUAAUAUUCCAGAGCAAGAGCUGAUCGAUGAGCGCGGUAACCGAUUGGGUCAGCGAGUCCCGAAGACAGUACCAGAUCAUCUUUUAUUUCAGGGCACAUUGCUAAAUGGCAACGUCCCCGUAUCAUGCAGUUUCAAAGGCGGCAAACCUACGAAAAAGUUUACCAAGAAUUUGGUAAUUGACGUUCAUGGUACCAAGGGAGAUUUGAAACUUGAAGGUGAUGCUGGAUUCGCAGAAAUUUCAAAUCUAGUCCUUUAUUACAGUGGUACUAGAGCAAAUGAUUUCCCGCUAGCUAAUGGACAGCAAGCUCCUUUAGAUCCCGGAUAUGAUGCAGGCAAAGAAAUCAUGGAGGUAUAUCAUCUACGAAAUUAUAAUGCCGUCGUGGGUAAUAUUCAUCGACUGUAUCAAUCUAUCUCUGAUUUCCAUUUCAAUACAAAAAAAAUUCCUAAAUUGCCCUCGCAAUUUGUGAUGCAAGGCUUUGAUUUUGAAGGCUUUCCUACUCUGAUGGACGCUCUGAUAUUACACAGGUUAAUUGAGAGCGUUUAUAAAAGUAAUAUGAUGGGCUCUACGUUAAACGUUAGCAAUAUCUCGCAUUAUACUUUAUAA